UCCGCGAGGAGCAAAAUUCAGUGCUUGGCCCGCAACCGUAUCGCACCGCCCCGUAGCGAGCUUUGACCGGCGCUGCGCGACGAAGCCGGCGGAAUCGCGCGAGGGGGAUUCGAAGUAUUGUGUAUCGUCGGGCGCGAUUGUCGGCGUUGUCGCGAUUAAUCGUGAUUAAUCGUCCCAAUUGCGAGCGUCCUCGGAGAGCGCGUGCUCGGAAAUCGGGAUAUCGGGGGAAUCGCACGUUCGCCGCUCGUUCGCGCGCCGGAGUGAUUUCGAAAGAGGAGAGAAGGAAGUGCGCGACGGGCAAGGGAGAUUAUUAAUUAUGUAACGAGACGCGCGCUGUUCGCGUGCGCGCGUGCGGCCGGCGGGAGCGUCAAAGUUUUUCUUUGACGCGGCGAACGCUCUCGUCUCUCCCCGUCUCUCCCGCUUUCUCUCCCUUGCUCUCUCCUCCUCGCCGACGGUGGACGCGAGCGGAGCGAGCGGGAGCGUGUUGUCCGUUAUGCCGGCGAGUCGCGGCGCGAUCCCGCGGUUACUUUUCGAAGGGCCGACGAUGGUGAGUGAGCGUUCGCGUCGGACGGUGGGCAGACGGCAACUCUUGGGCGCGGAGCGGCGCGCAUGAAUCGGAUUGAGAGAUGAGUGCGUGAAAAAUGGCACCGUUCCACGGCAUGGCCCUCCUGCUUCUGGGAAUCGGAUACCUGUUACACGCGGAACCGUUCUACGGCGUACGCGGCACCGCGUUCCUGCACCUCAACGACGACGCGUUUGGCAAGGGAGAGAAGUCGCAGCGUGGCACAAAGAGGACAUAUUUUUUCAAGGAUACGCCGCAAAAGCUGACGGUGGCCAUAGGACAGGCCGCUGUGCUGCUGUGUCGGGUUAAGAAUUUAGGAAACAGAACUGUGUCUUGGAUCCGAAAAAGGGACCUACACAUCUUAACGUCCAUGUUGGCGACUUACACGAGCGACGAGAGAUUUACGGUAGUCGGCAAUCCGGAGACCGACGACUGGAAUCUGCGAAUAGAUUACGUGCAACCGCGGGAUGCCGGCAUUUACGAGUGUCAGGUUAAUACAGAGCCGAAGAUAUAUAGAGCCGUGGCGCUGAAGGUUUUGGACAUACAGGCGCGGAUCACAGGCCCCCAGGAGCUAUACAUUAGGAAAGGCAGCACAAUCAGCCUGACCUGCAUCAUCGAGCUGCAGGAUCUACCCCCGAGCAACGUGACCUGGUACCAUGCCGGCGCGGUGAUCGAUUUCGACGGGCCAAGGGGCGGCGUAUCGCUGGAGACGGAGAAGGGUAAGCGGGGCACCACCAGCAAGCUUCUAAUAACGCGCGCCCUCCUUAACGAUAGCGGUAAUUAUACAUGCGCGUCGAGCAAAGUCACUCCUGCGAGCGUCAUGGUGCACGUGCUAAAUGGCGAACAUCCUGCAGCGAUGCAACACGGCGGCACCGGCGACGCAAACAGGAGACUCAUUCUGCUCGUCCUGAUUUUCCUCGUCGAUACGAUGUUCCGGUGAACGCCGUCGCCGUAGCGCACUUGGCCCCUUCCGGCGAUCUCUCUUCCUCCCGUGUGCGGGAGGCCUCAAGGCCUCUGUUCCUCUGAAUUUGCGUUCCGGAGGGACGCUGGCGCGCGAAGAACUCCUCGGCGGCGAAAGAAACCGACGGGACUGUACAUAGUGCGCGCGACUCCCACCGCCAGGGAGGAAGCGUACCUCGCCGUUCCCGUCCUCGUCUGGCCUCCACGAGACUGGCCGGAGGUACACUAUGUGUUAACGCUAAUUUUAGAACCACCGGAACUAGACGCAACGUACGCUCGCGAAUCGCAACGUCGUCUUGAUCGAACCCCAACUCGCCCGCCGCGAUCAACGGAUUAACCCCCUCCUCCUUCGCCCUCCCUCGCCCCAGUCGCAUUUACUUGUCUGGAUUACUCGGAUACCUCUCGAAUAAGCCGCUCAACUACACGAUACCCCUGUUCGAGAUGUCGCACAGUACGGAUGUAACAUGUAUGUAAUGUAAUAAACCUUUUGGAGUUACCAUCUAUGCCUCUG